AUGAACGCAUGUGGUGGCGAAAACUCAUCGAUACCUCAAAAAUGUCAGGAUUCAGAUGAUGACUUUGCACCGUCAAAGCUCGGGACUAAAGAAUACUGGGAAGAUGCGUACAAGAGGGAGCUGGAGACCUACAAAGACAUUGGGGAUGUCGGAGAGAUAUGGUUUGGAGAAGAAAGUAUGGAGCGAAUUAUUAAAUGGAUGAAGAAGCAGAGCAUCCCUGAAAAUGCUAGAAUACUCGACAUUGGUACUGGAAACGGAAUCUUCCUUGUAGAACUGGCCAAACAUCGUUUUACAAACCUGACAGGCAUAGACUAUGCUACCUCCUCCAUAGAACUGGCUAAAAGCAUUCUGCAGGAGGAGGGUUUGGGUAGCGUUAAACUCCAGGAGCUGGAUUUUCUGAAUGAGUGUGAAGAACUGGGUGAGUUUGACGUGUGUGUGGAUAAAGGUACAUUUGAUGCCAUCAGCCUCAACCCCGAACACGCAGAGGAAAAGAAGCGACAGUAUGUGAUCUCACUAAAAGCAAUUCUGCGAUUGGGUGGCAUUUUUGUUAUCACAUCAUGUAACUGGACCAAAGAGCAGCUGCUGCAGAUGUUCAGCCCAGGGUUUGAGUUGCUGGAGGUAGUGCCAACUCCCACUUUCCAGUUUGGAGGGGUGACAGGGAACACAGUGACAACCUUGGCCCUUAAAAGACUUUCCUGACCUUUACCUAAACCACGUGGAUUGCAGCUCAUUUGAGGGGAUUACAUGGACACCUCACUUUUUUAUGAUAAUAAAGAAAACAGUAAAGCAUGACAUGUAACUUUAAUCUAUUUUUUAGUGAAUUUUUUUUAAAAAGGAGAUGUAUUUUUUUCUUUUGCCUUGUAAAAGUGAUCAAAAGUACAGUCAAGACAGUAAAUCUCAAGAUUCUUUUCCUCUCCACACACCCCUGACCACAGAACCCAAAGUGGUGUGCUCCCAAAGGGCUGAUUUGACCCAUUUCAUUGGUUCACACACUGUGUAUAUGAGCUGUAGAGGACAAAACAGUUUUUUGUUUUUUAAUAGUAUUUCACUGUA